GGAGGUGGAGCUUUUGGGAUGCAAGCCUUAAAAUGUCUUGAAAAUGCAUGCAUUUGAACUCUAAGUUUGCUAAUACAUCAAAUGCAUGCAUUUUUCAGAUAUUUCCAUCUUCAGAAAAGCAAAGGGUGAAAAGUGGUUUCUUUCCCAGCCAACCUUCGGUGUUUGCAACAGCGCCGGCUACUACUCCUUCCUACUUAAUCACUAGGCCCUCCCCUCCUUAUGGGGAAGUAAAAGCGUCUCAAAGUAUCUUCGGGUGCACCGGUCACUGUUGUUGCGGCGAACCGAGAAGAAAUUGAAAAGAAUACCACAUCUGAGGAAGACAGAUGGUGUGAAAUUUUCAAAGGAACAUCAAAAAGGGCACUGCUUUCACGCUUCCUUCUGGUGAUUGGUGUUAAAACUUGAAUCGAAAACAGGGUACACAUCUGUAUAAUAAAAAUAAAGGUCAAAACGUUCCCAUCACAAAACUACUACGUGAAGUGAAUACCAGACUUGUUGAACAAGGAAAGACGAUACAAAAACUCUUGUUGACUUGUUGUGAUAGCUUUAAAGAUCUCUUCUCCUCG